AUGGAAGCGUGGUGGACGGCUAACGUCGUCCAACCGUUCGAGGAGCUCUUACAUUCCUACAACACCUCCUCGAACCGUCAAUCCGCGGAUGCGGUGAAAAAACGCAUCAAGUUAGCGCAAACGACAGGCUUGUGUAACUUGGAAAGGAAUCUGAAUUGGACGCGCUUCCCGGAUUUCAUAUUCGACGUCGUCGGUGCGAACAAGUGCAAAGUUGUCGACGUUUCCGAGAACCAACUCGAGGAGAUUCCAGAGAAAGUGAACUUGUUGCAGAAAUGCACGAAGUUAAUCGUCGCGAAUAAUAUGCUUUUAAGACUACCGGACUCUUUACACAUGAAGAGUUUAAAAGUACUCAAUUUGAGUCGAAACCGAUUGAGGAAACUCUGCGCUUUGGAUCUGCCGAAUCUCGUGGAACUUAUCGUAGAUAACAACGAAUUGACGGAGUUACCGGAGAGUUCGUUUGGGACGAUGAAAAAGUUGGAGAUUUUCAGUUGCUCGGAGAAUAGGAUACGGGACGUGACGUGCGUGUCGGUGUGCGCCUCGUUGACGGACGCGAGGUGCGAGAGAAAUCAAAUCGAAAAAAUACCGGAUGAGUUUGCGUUUUUGAGGAAGCUGAGACGGUUGAGAAUGGAUGGGAACGAAAAUAUACGCACAGUUCCGUCGGAUGUGUUUAAGCAUUGCGAAGGGUUGGAGGAACUCUCGUUGAAAGAUACCAAAGUGACCGCGGAAGAUUUGCGAGAGGUGGAAGGUUGGGAAUCGUACGAACUGCGCAGACAAAAGAAGGUUGAAAAGAAAAUCGAUGGGAAUGUCAUGCUGCUGAAUGGAAUGGAUGACGGUUUGGAGCGGAAAAUGUAG